AUGUCACAUGAAGUAGACAUAUUUACCGUCUACUUCUUAGUUUGGCAAUUUGUUGGUCUUAUUUACAAAUGGCUCCAUCAAGAUCUACCGAUUAUUUCUUUUACUCUUCAUCAAAAAGCAACUUGCUUAUCUAUGGCAUUUUUAGCAUUUAUAACAUACGAGGUUGUAUUACGACCUCUACCCACAUAUGUUGGUUUUGCUUUCGUUUGGUUAAUGUCUGUUAUAGACAUUGUCGCCUGUUUUCAUCUAAAAUGUCGUGAGUAUGAUCCAAUAACGGAUGCACUGGCGGACGCAAUGUUAUUUGAUUAUCCAACAGCUCCACGUGGAUAUUAUUGCGUAUCUGAUAUCAACGAAAUGAACGAUGAUAUGGAAAAUGAGAACGAGUGUAAUUCGAUGAUUGGAUGGGGUGACGUUUUUGCCUUCGAUCUUUUAUUAUUAUUGGUUAUACCUAACAAUUAUUCGAUUACAAUAAGAGCAUAUACAGCAUUCGGCUGUAUAGUUUGCGCACAACUUGGUGAUCUAUGUACUAGUUUCAUGCAUCCCUAUACUGAUUCGAAUGAUUUGCCAGCUGUACCUCUUCCAACGAUUGCUGUCACUGCUUACGCAAUUGCCAUUAAUGCCAUCAUUGAAUAUUCAAAUCUUGACUGUGAAGAUCCGUUGAAAUGA